CCCCAGCCGGUCUCGAGUUCGGAGCGGUCACACUGGAUCCAACUCAAGCUUCAGUGGAGCCGGAGCUCGGCCGCGCAUUCUCUUCCCCAGCUCUGGCUUGCCAGCAGGGGUUCACCCGCCGGUGGUGUCGCCGGGUGUCCGGCGCCAAGGAGUCGAGCGCACCGUGUCAGGGUUAUCCUCGGACGAGUCCUGGAUCCUGAGUCUUACCAUCCGGCGAAGGCGGCGGAGACAUCUCUUUCGACUAAAGGACUCAGCGUCCAGUGCUCCAGCCGAAGGAUCUAAGGGGACUGCCACUAGCACCGCCACCAUGCCCAACUUCUCUGGCAACUGGAAGAUCAUCCGAUCGGAGAACUUUGAGGAUCUGCUCAAAGUUCUGGGGGUGAACGUGAUGCUGAGGAAGAUCGCCGUGGCUGCAGCAUCCAAGCCAGCAGUGGAGAUCAAACAGGAGGGAGACACUUUCUACAUCAAAACCUCUACCACCGUGCGUACCACAGAGAUCAACUUCAAUAUUGGAGAAGAGUUUGAGGAGCAGACUGUGGACGGGAGACCCUGUAAGAGCCUGGUAAAAUGGGAGAGUGAGAACAAAAUGGUCUGCGAGCAGAGGCUUUUGAAGGGAGAGGGUCCCAAGACCUCCUGGACCAGAGAACUGACCAAUGACGGAGAGCUGAUCCUGACCAUGACGGCGGACGACAUCGUGUGCACCAGGGUCUACGUCCGAGAGUGAGUGGCUGUGGCCCAAGAGCCGCCAGAGCCUGCCACCAGCCCAUGCUCCCUGCUUCACUGCCCCAUGGGCUGCCCCUCCCCCAUUCCUUCCUUCUAGGCUAGCUCUCCCCUCACCCCAGUCACUUCUGGGGGUGCUAGGAUGCCUCCUGCAGGGGCUCUGCUUUUCUUGGCCCCUCCUCUCCUCCCAUACACCAACAAAGUGGGAUGGAUGGCAGGACCCCAGAUCACCCGUUCCAGAAUCACUCCCCCCAUCCCAAGUCAGCAGUCCCAGCCCCAAGCCAGCCCAGAGCACCGUCUCUCUCUUUUUCUGCAAGGGGACCUGAGGGCCCGACUGGGAAGACCGGCCCUCUGUCUUCCACUCUUUGUCCCUGUAGCCCAUACAGUGUAGAAUAUUUAUUGGUUAAUU